AUUCACGAUGACAACAAUAACUAUGACCACAAAAGAUCCCCCAAGGGGUAAGGCAGAAAAUAAUUCUGCCUUGUAUGAAUCUGCAUCAGCUCAUAUUAUUGAAGAAACUGAAUAUGUGAGAGAGAUUCGAACCACCCUGGAAAAGAUCCGAAAGCAAAUGUUUAAAGAUGAUAGAGUGCCUGAAGGUAGAAAUCAUAGACUAGAUGUAAAGCUUUGUGGAAACAUUCAAAAUGCCUCUGAUUCUGAAAUGGAUCCCUCUUGUUGCAGUUUGGAUAUGCUCAUGGAAAGGAUGAAAGGAAAAGACCUGCAGCUCUUAGAAAUGAACAAAGAGAAUGAAGUAUUAAAGAUCAAGCUGGAAGCCUCCAGGGAAGCAGGAGCAGCUGCUCUGCAGAACGUGGCCAAGAGGAUAUUUGAGAACUACCAGACUCAGUCUGAGGAAGUUAGAAAGAAGCACGAGGGUGGUCAACACUUGCUUCAGGUGAACAAAUUUGAAAAUGAACAGAAAUUGAAACAACAUGUUGAAGACCUGAAUCAAGUUAGUGGAAAGCUUGAAGAAAAACAUAGUCAAAUCACAGAAUUGGAGAACCUUGUACAGAGAAUGGAAAAGGAAAGGAGAAUUCUGCUAGAAAGGAAGUUGGCUUUGGAAAAGCAGCUGCUCCAACUCAAACCCAAUGCUGCCCACAGCAAAAGUUGCCAGGAUCUUCAGAUGGAGAUUGCCCUUCUCCAGGAGCAAAUCUCUCAUCUGCAGUUUGUGAUUCAUUCCCAACACCAGAACCUGCGCAGUGCCAUCCAGGAGAUGGAAGGGUUAAAAAAUAAUUUAAAAGAACAAGAUGAAAAAAUUGAAAAUCUGAAGGAGAAAGUCAACAUACUUGAAGCCCAGAACAAAGAACUAAAAACCAAGGUGGCACUUUGGUCUGAAUCCCCUAAGACAACAGUGUCUAAGGCUGUCCCUACAAGUGAGUUGAAGACUGACGGCACGUCCCCCUAUUUGAUGAUGACUAGGCUAUGGAAAUGA